UAUAACCCCCAUCACUUCUGUCUUCACCCCCAAAACAUCAGCUUCACUCGUCUCUUUCCAAAUCACCUCUCUUAUUCCAUUUUCUGGCUCUGGGUAUGAUUCUUCUCUCUUGCCUCUGCUAUCCUUAACAAGCAAUAUACAAAAGACAAAAACCAGGUCGGUUCUUUAGCACACAUGUGACAAGACAUAGAACACUCAAAAAGUUUCUUCGGAAACAAAAGGAAACAACUAUUCAGGGAGGGAACUUCUUUACUUUGUUCUUUGGGUCUUCACUACAAAAUUGCAAACUGAGAGAGAGUGAGAGAGAGACCUGCUUGGAAGAGAAGAAGAAAAGGAAUAAUGAUAAAAAUUUCAGACCUUUACCAUGUUCUGACAGCGGUGGUUCCACUGUACGUCGCCAUGAUUUUGGCCUACGGGUCAGUGAAAUGGUGGAAGAUCUUCACCCCAGACCAGUGUUCUGGGAUCAACAGAUUCGUAGCUCUCUUUGCUGUCCCUCUUCUAUCUUUCCACUUCAUCUCCACCAACAAUCCAUACGCCAUGAACUACAGAUUCAUAGCAGCCGACGCACUUCAGAAACUCAUCGUCCUCAUGGGUCUACUCAUCUGGUCAAGAACUAGCUCCACAGGAUCCCUGGAAUGGUCCAUCACUCUUUUCUCUCUUUCCACUCUCCCCAACACCCUUGUUAUGGGGAUUCCAUUGUUGAAGGGCAUGUACGGGGAGUUCUCUGGGGGGCUAAUGGUCCAGAUUGUUGUACUUCAGUGCAUUAUCUGGUAUACUCUGAUGCUCUUCUUGUUUGAGUAUAGAGGAGCAAGGUUGCUCAUUUCAGAGCAAUUCCCUGACACUGCUGCCUCUAUAGUCUCAUUCAAAGUGGAUUCAGAUGUUAUGUCACUGGAUGGGAAAGAGCCACUGGAAACCCAAGCUGAGUUGGGUGAGGAUGGGAAGCUUCAUGUGACAGUGAGAAGGUCAACCACAUCUAGGUCUGAGAUAUUUUCAAGAAAAUCCAAUGGCCCCCACUCUGCUGCCCUUUCAUUGACACCCAGACCUUCAAACCUCACCAAUGCUGAGAUUUACUCCCUCCAGUCCUCAAGAAACCCUACCCCAAGAGGUUCCAGCUUUAACCACACUGAUUUCUUUUCAAUGUUGAAUGGGAACAAGAAUGCAACCCUCAAUAAUAAUAGUAUCAGUCCCAGGAGAUCCAAUUUUGGGAAUUCAGGGUUUGAUGAGGAGUGUGGGUUAGGGGGGAAGGUGAAUUCUUCUGGGUACACGGCACCAAACAGUGCCACCACCGGAUUAGUCUCUUCUUCAGUCACUGGUUCCAGCUUAAAGAAGAAGGUCAAUGGGUCUGAGGGUGGUGGUGGGAAAGACCUUCACAUGUUUGUUUGGAGCUCAAGUGCUUCACCUGUGUCUGAAGGUGGGAUUAAUGUCUUCAAGGGAGGUGACUAUGGUCAAGAAAUUCUUGGGAUUGGGCCUCACCCUAAAGAAUAUGAUGAUUUUGGGCGGGAUGAAUUCAGCUUCGGUAAACGGAAAAAUACGGUGAAUGGAAAUGAACGGAAGGAAGGGCCAGUUCUAUCAAAGCUAGGUUCAAGCUGCUCUACAACUGAGCUAUGCCCCAAGACAGCAGCCUGUGAUGCCCCAAAGCCAUCUGCCAUGCCCCCUACAAGUGUCAUGUCCAGGCUUAUUCUUAUCAUGGUGUGGAGGAAACUCAUCCGGAACCCAAAUACCUACUCCAGCCUCAUCGGCCUCACUUGGUCUUUGGUUUCGUUCAAGUGGGAUGUUGAGAUGCCCAUCAUUAUAGCAAAAUCAAUAUCCAUUCUAUCUGAUGCUGGUCUUGGAAUGGCAAUGUUCAGUCUUGGGUUAUUCAUGGCUCUGCAACCUAGAAUCAUUGCCUGUGGGAAGAGAGUUGCUGCAUUUUCGAUGGGUGUUAGGUUUCUUAUUGGACCUGCAGUCAUGGCUGCUUCCUCCAUUGCUGUUGGCCUUCGAGGUGUCCUGCUUCAUGUUGCCAUCGUUCAGGCUGCCCUUCCACAAGGAAUCGUUCCUUUCGUGUUUGCAAAGGAAUACAAUGUCCAUCCCGAUAUAUUAAGCACGGGGGUUAUAUUUGGAAUGUUAGUUGCUCUACCAAUAACUUUGGUCUACUAUAUAUUUUUGGGGCUCUGAAGCAGAACAAGUUAGCUAUAAACAGUUUAACCUCAGGAACAGCUGUCCGUACUGUGGUUUUUUGUUGGGCGAGGCGGGGAAUGGCGGGGUUUGAACAGUACAUUAUAUUUACCUAUGGAGCCUUCCUAUAACGGUGUGGGUUGAUGACAAAUCCGGAAACUGGGAAUAUAUAAUAGAGAGCGGGAGAGAGAAGAAGAUGGAAAACACAGCGAAAGUUAUGAUGAUCAUUAUGCAGCCUAGUGUAAUUAACUUUCUUAGCAGCCUGUUAGCUACAAGAUUAUUUUUGUUGUCUUCUUCUCUUGUCACACAAACACUUGUGCUUUCCCUUGCUUUUGUUCUGUUAUAAACCUGCACCUUAAUUAAGAAAGUGAUGGUUGCUUUUGUCUGCUUGAGGUUGUUCUUGUGUCCCGGUUUUUGUUAGGUGGAGGCAACCCGGUUGCCGGGCAACCCAACCCAAUUCAGGGCAAAGUUUUGGUCUGAUGUACUGAUGAACAGCUUCGGUAAAAGAGCUUAUUGAAUGUCUUGUUGCUUUUUUAA